GUCAUUAAGCGCAAAAUUUGCCAUUGUCUCGAACGUGGGGAACUUCAUUAGUCACCCUAUGCAUGUUUAAUCGGUUUUUUGCGGCCCAUUUUUGACUGUGUCCGAAUCACGCCAGGGGAGAAUUUUACUGUGCCCCCAAGUAUCCGAUGUCUAGUGCUGAAAUAGCAGACAGCUCCGUCGAUCCUCCAUCUAAGAAGCGGAAGCUAGAGCCGAAAGGCACCAAAGAUAUGGCGAACAAUGGAGUGGCUUCAAGUUCCCAGGGCCCCAACGCUGAUAUUGAUGAAGGCCUGUACUCAAGGCAGCUCUACGUGCUGGGGCACGACGCCAUGAGGAGGAUGGCAUCCAGCGACGUGCUGGUGUCGGGCCUAGGAGGCCUAGGGGUGGAAGUGGCCAAGAACGUCAUUCUAGGUGGCGUCAAGUCCGUAACUCUGCACGAUGACCAGUUGACCAAGAUGUCCGAUCUCAGUUCCGAGUUUUUCCUCUCCGAAGAGGACAUUGGCAAAAAUCGCGCCGAGGUCGUUUGCAAGAAACUAGCGGAACUUAACAAUUACGUGCCUACGCGCACUCACACCGGCACUCUGGAUGCCGACUUCCUCAAGAACUUUCGCGUAGUGGUCCUAACUAACUCAAAUCGCAGUGAGCAGUUACGAAUUAGUGAAAUCACCCAUGCCAGCAAUAUCGCUUUGAUUAUUGCCGACGCGCGGGGAGUGUUCGCUCAAGUGUUCUGCGACUUUGGGGACACUUUCACAGUGGUCGACACCAACGGGGAGCCGACAGUGUCCGCAAUGAUUGCAGAUGUGAGCAACGACAAGGAAGCUGUUGUCACUUGCAUUGACGAUACAAGGCAUGGCAUGGAGGAUGGCGACUUUGUGACCUUCUCAGAAAUCGAGGGAAUGACCGAGUUGAACGGCUGCAGCCCCAUGAAGAUCAAAGUGUUGGGGCCUUAUGCGUUCAGCAUUGGAGACACCAGCGCCCAUUCGAAGUACCAAAGAGGAGGAAUCGCCAGCCAAGUGAAAAUGCCCAAGGAGCUGCACUUCAAGUCGCUGAAAGAGUCGCUGGAUAAUCCGGAGUUUGUCAUCACGGACUUUGCGAAGUUUGACAGCCCCUCGCAGCUACAUCUGGCGUUCAGCACCCUGCACAGCUACGUGGAGAAGCACAAUAGGGUGCCUAAACCAUGGAGUCAGGAGGAUGCUGCCGAGUUUUUGGCCAUCGCAAAAACCAACGGCAGCAUCGGAGAUGCGGAGCUCAAUACUGGAUUGCUGGAGAUUUUCGCCAAAGUUUGCGCUGGCGAUUUGAACCCCAUCAACGCGACCAUCGGCGGAAUAGUGGCUCAAGAAGUGAUGAAAGCUUGUUCGGGCAAGUUCCACCCCAUUUUGCAGUGGUUGUACUUUGACGCAAUCGAAGCCCUGCCGGCAGACCGGACGGAAAUCACCGAAGAACUGGCCAGCCCUCAAGGCGGCCGCUACGACGGACAAAUCGCAGUCUUUGGCAGGGACUUCCAAAGCAAAAUCGCCGACCAAAAGUACUUUGUGGUGGGAGCGGGCGCCAUCGGAUGCGAGCUGCUGAAGAACUUUGCCAUGAUGGGUCUGGGCACCGACAAGGGCUACGUGAUCGUCACCGAUAUGGAUCUGAUUGAGAAGUCGAACCUCAACAGGCAGUUCUUGUUCCGGCCUCAUGAUGUGCAAAAGGCCAAGGCUGAUAUUGCUGCAAAGGCCAUCAAGAACAUGAAUCCUCAAGUAAACAUCGAGGCGCAUCAGAACCGAGUGGGCCCGGAAACCGAAAACGUCUACGACGACGAAUUCUUCGAAAAACUGGACGCAGUCGCCAACGCCUUGGACAACGUCGACGCAAGAAUCUACAUGGACAGAAGGUGCGUCUACUAUAGAAAGCCGCUGCUCGAGUCCGGCACGCUGGGCACCAAAGGAAACACCCAAGUGGUCGUCCCGUUCCUCACAGAGUCGUACAGUUCGUCGCAAGACCCGCCCGAAAAGAGCAUCCCCAUAUGCACGUUGAAGAACUUCCCCAAUGCCAUCGAGCACACGCUGCAAUGGGCGCGGGACAUGUUUGAGGGCCUGUUCAGACAAAGCGCGGAAAAGGCCUCCCAAUACCUCAGAGAACCGGACUUCAUGGACAGAGCGUUGAAACUGCCUGGCGUGCAGCCUUUGGAAGCUGUAGAAUCUGUUAAGGCCGCCUUGGUCAAUGAGAGGCCCAGCACAUUUGAUGACUGCAUCGUGUGGGCAAGGUACCACUGGCAGGAACAAUACAGCAACCAAAUCAAGCAGCUGCUUUUCAAUUUCCCGCCUGACCAGUUGACCACUACAGGGCAGCUGUUCUGGUCUGGACCGAAGCGCUGCCCACAAGCUCUGGACUUCGACAUCAACAAUCCGCUGCAUUUGGAUUACGUGGUGGCUGGAGCCAACUUGAAAGCUCAGGUCUACGGGCUGCCCACCAAUAGAGACCGGAGUUACAUUGCCCGAGUGGCCGCUGCAGUUGAUAUCCCGGAGUUCGUCCCAAAGUCCGGAGUGAAAAUCGCCGUCACGGACUCCCAAAUGGCCGCGAAUGGAAACAAUGUGGACAUGGAUCGCAUCUCUAUGCUGCGCGCUGAGCUGCCGUCCAGAGAGGAGUUGGCUGGCCUGGUUUUGACUCCGCUGGAGUUUGAAAAGGACGACGACACUAACUUCCACAUGGACUUUAUCGUGGCGGCGUCCAAUCUGCGGGCCAUCAACUACAAGAUUGCGCCCGCCGAUCGGCACAAAUCGAAACUCAUUGCUGGAAAGAUCAUUCCGGCCAUCGCCACCACCACCUCCGUGGUAGCAGGCCUGGUCUGCUUGGAGCUCUACAAGCUGAUUCGAUCUCAGAGAAGUCUCGAGCCUUUUAAGAAUGGGUUCGUCAACUUGGCCCUGCCCUUCUUCGGGUUCAGCGAGCCAAUUGCAGCUCCUCAGCGGGAGUAUUGCGGAAACAAGUGGACGCUUUGGGACCGGUUUGAGAUCCAAGGCGAGAUGACUUUGUCCGAGUUCCUGCAGUAUUUCCAGGAGAAGCACAAUUUGGAAAUCACCAUGCUGUCCCAAGGCGUGUGCAUGCUCUACUCGUUCUUCAUGCCCAAGUCCAAGGCGCAGGAACGCCUGGGGCUGAGCAUGUCCGAAGUGGUCCGCAGAGUGUCGAAGAAGAAGAUCGAGCCCCACGUGAGGGCUCUGGUGUUCGAACUCUGUUGCAACGAUGCCGAUGGGGAGGACGUGGAGGUCCCCUACGUGAAGUACAACCUGCCAUAGGAACCGAUUUGGGCACAUUCACCCCCAUCCAAGCUGUAACCAACCGAAAUUGUGAUCUAUUUUUAAAUUCAACUCUAUAAGCGCCUCGCUUUGGAGUUUGGCGUCUUAAUUGUGGCAUUGUUUUGGGGGCCGAAAAACGUAAUUUAUAUUUAUCUACUUAAAGGCACACAUCAGUUGAGCAUGUUUCGGUAAUAAAUUAAUCCCUACCAAGUACUUGUGUUGUUGCAAUGAACCUUUUUAGGUUCUGUUCGUUUUAGUUAAGUAGCUGGAAAUACUAUAGAGCGCAUUACUCACUCGGUGUUUUAUGGUCUUUAUACUGUACUGCUAUUACGUUAAAAUACAUUUGGAUUAUCAGGA